AAUGACGAACACCGAGCCCAGAUCCGGGUUGAGCGAAGAUUCUUGUCCAGCUGGAGGAUAAGCUACGUGUAAUUUCUACGCGAAAAUGGCUGAUAGGAGGGGUAGUAACGUUCCCAAUUCAAACGCAAAUUUACUGUUCUCUGCCGCUCCUGAGUUCAAUUUUAACCUGCCUUUCAUACCUGUCAGCCAAGCAAGCGGCCCCGCGGUGUUAUCGGGAGAUGACUCUGGCGAUGUGGGCGAAGAGGACAGCUUCCUGGGCCAGACCUCCAGCACGGCCCCGCAGCCCUCCACCUUCAGCUACUUCUCUGGCUCCACCACUGGCAGCAGUAGCAGUGACCCCUUCGCCUCCAUUGGGCAUCACCCAGCCCCUGCCCCAUCCCCAGUCCCCCCCUCCUCCUCUUCCUCGGUGGCCCCCAUGACCUCCGGUCCCUCGCCCAUCCCCCACGCUGCAGCCGCUACGUUAGCCACAGCCCCCGCGAUGCCACACGCCAGCCCUGCCGCCCCGCAGUUCAGCAACGCCCCCUACCACAGCAGCGCCCCCAUGGGGCAGUUUACGCCCACGUCCCCCCCUACCUCAGGCACUCCUCCGCCCCCGACUGCCUUGCAGCAGUCCUACAACCCCUACCGCCACACGCCGCUCAGCAGCAGGGCCAACCCCUACAUCGCCGCCCCAGAGGUCCAGCCGCAGCAGCUGCCGUCCCCCCCACAGCCGGGCAUCAACCCCUACUCACAGGCACCGCCAGCCCACACAUUCCAGACGGGACCCUCUGCUUUCCAGGCAGGAUCCUCGGCUUUUGCUCGGCCCCCUCCGCCUCCCUCACAGUCUCCGAUGCCGCCCCCAGUGUCGGCCCCCGGCAUGGCCGGGCCCCUGGUCCCUGCCAACCCCAUGAUGCAGUAUAACUACAACGUGUAUGAGGCCGUGCAGCACCACUGGUUCUACUGCAAGCAGGUGGAGGCCAAGAAGGUCUGGCUGCCCUUCAGCCUCCUGGACUCCUUACGCCUGGAAGAGAUCUUCAACUCGGUCCAGCCGGACCCGGAGAGUGUGAUCGUGUGCACGGACGGGGGCCGCUAUGACGUGCAGCUGUACGACCGCAUGCGGACCGCCGUGUACUGGGAGGAGGAGCCCACAGAGGUGCGCAGGUGCAGCUGGUUCUACAAGGGCGACACGGACAGUCGCUUCAUCCCCUACUCGGAGGACUUCAGCGAAAAACUGGAGGCUGAAUACAAGAAAGCAGUGUCUACUAACCAGUGGCAUCGGAGACUAGAAUUUCCAUCUGGAGAAACAAUCGUCAUGCAUAAUCCAAAGGUCAUAGUCCAGUUCCAGCCGUCUGCCAUGCCUGACGAAUGGGGCACCACGCAGGACGGCCAGACGCGACCCAGAGUGGUCAAGAGGGGCGUCGAUGACGACCAUGAUGAAGUCCCUGAUGGUGAGAUGCCCCCGGUGGACCAUCUAGUGUUCAUGGUGCAUGGCAUCGGGCCGGUGUGCGACCUGAGGUUCCGCAGCAUGGUGGAGUGUGUGGAUGACUUCCGCACGGUGUCCCUGAAACUGCUGCAGAGUCACUUUAAGAAGGCUCAGGACGACCGCGCCAUCAGCAGAGUGGAGUUCCUUCCUGUUCAGUGGCACACUGCACUGCACGGGGACGCCACUGGAGUGGACAGGCGGAUAAAGAAGAUCACAUUGCCCAGCACGGGUCGUUUACGCCAUUUUACUAACGAGACGCUUCUAGACGUCCUGUUCUACAACAGCCCCACUUACUGCCAGACCAUCGUCGACACGGUUGCCAAGGAGAUCAAUCGCAUCUACGCUCUCUUCAUGGAGAGGAAUCCCGACUUUAAAGGCGGCAUCUCCGUCGCUGGACACAGUUUAGGUUCUCUUAUUCUUUUUGACCUGCUGUCCAAUCAGAAGACGGACUCUCCUAUUGGCACCCCGGCAACCAAUGGGACCGCUUCCUCUGAGAGUAAACAGGCUUGCACGCCAGUCUCUGAGGAGAACAGCGUUGCAAGUACACCAGUGGCGGAGGAGGAGCCUAAAGAAGACGGGGAGGAGUUCGAAAACCUGACGGCUGUCCUGGAGCACCUGGCUCUGUCAGAGUACCAGAGUACAUUUGAACAGGAGAAAAUCGAUGUGGAAUCAUUUCUCAUGUGCACAGUUGAAGAUUUGAAGGAGAUGGGUAUUCCCCUGGGGCCACGCAAGAAGUUCUCCAAGUUUGUAAAAGAGAGGGCAAGCAAGCAGGCAGCAAAAGAAGCAGCAAAGGCAGCAGCUAAGGAAGUGUUGAAAGAAGCUCCCCCACCACAGAACACGGAGCCUGCUCCAGCCCCAGUCCCCAGCAAACCGCCCGUAGGGAGAACCGUCUCCUCCAUCCAUGUGGAUUACAACUACUUUGAGAUCGGUACUGGACAGGUGUCUGUGAUCUACCACACACUGGAUUUUGAGCCUUCAAACUUCUUUGCCCUGGGCUCCCCUAUCGGUAUGUUCCUGACAGUGCGAGGUCUGGAGAGCAUUGAGGAGACGUAUCAGCUGCCCACCUGUAAAGGAUUCUUCAACAUUUACCAUCCGCUGGACCCAGUAGCAUACAGAAUAGAGCCCAUGAUCCGACCAGACCUGGACCUGAAGCCUGUCUUGAUCCCCCACCAUAAGGGCCGAAAGAGACUUCACUUGGAGCUGAAGGAGAGCCUGUCUCGGAUGGGCUCGGACCUGAAGCACAGUGUCAUCAGCUCACUGCGGAGCGCCUGGCAGACGCUCAACGACUUUGCGCGGGCUCACACCUCCAACACCAUGCUGCAGGCCGAGCUGGCCAUCGUGGCCAAUCAGAUUCAGGAGGAGGAGGAGAAGCAGCUGGACACGGACACGGACGACGGAGAAGUUUGCAGUAAGCUGGUGGACAGUCCAGAACAGAGAGAGGAGCUGUCUGUGAAGAUUGGAAUGCUGAACGGAGGAAACCGCAUCGAUUACGUCCUGCAGGAGAAGCCCAUCGAGAGCUUCAAUGAGUACCUCUUUGCCCUUCAGAGUCAUCUCUGCUACUGGGAGUCGGAAGACACAGCGCUGCUAAUCCUGAAGGAGAUCUACAAUACUAUGGGCAUUCAUCCUGAGCUGCCCAUUCAUUGAUGAAGUGCAAUAUGUGAAAACCACACAGACCUUUUCUUUUGAAACAUCGACAACGGCAGUAGCUCUUCUCCUCAGUCAUUAUUACCUGUCAAUGUAUUUGGUGGACUCAUUAUACAGGAAAGUGUCUUUGUUGUUUUAGUUUUCUUUUUCUUUUUGUACUUUAGUCUGGUUUAAAAAAAAACAGAUACUCGUGUAUUAUGCCAUAUGUCUUAAAUUAAGAGAAGAAACUAAUUAGUGGAUUUCAAGGCCACGUUUUAAAUAAAAUACAUUUUAUAGUGUAAAUCCAAUACAGUUGAAGAAAAAGAAAUCAGUCUAUUACAGUAUGAAAGAACCAAGCUACAAUUAUUGUAAAACACCCAAAGGUCUUGCAGAGAAUUACAUUAUUACAUUAUUAACAAGUCAUAUAAAAUAAAAACGUAUCAAAUGCAUUCAAUGAAUAUA